UACCAGUAUAAAAGCUGCAGUUGUAGGUUGCUCCUUCACACUACUGGACAUAAUGAGGACCCUGCUACUUACAACCAUGCUGCUGGUGCUGCUCUGUAGCACUCAAGUGCUCACACUUAGGUGUUACACCUGUGACAUGGCUGAUGCUGACUGCAAGCAAGAGACAGAAUGUCCACCAUCGAGUAUGUACUGCAGAACUGUGGUGACUGCGGACACAGUGACUCGUACCUGUGAGGAGAUGUGUGUCUCGGGUGUCAACGCCUACUGUUGCCAGGGAGACCUGUGUGAGAACUGACAUGAUCCACAGAGAGCUAUCGCCACUAAACACUUUCACCUUCUGUUUAAAUACAGUAGAAUGUUGUGUGGGAAAUACGUUAGAAUAUCGGGAUACAUUAUAACCUUUGAAUAACAUACAUUUAUAUUUUAGCCAUUUAGCAGACACUCUUAUCUAACGUACAUUUAGUGCAUUCAUCUUAAGAUAGCUAGGUGAGACAACCACAUAUCACAGUCGUAGUAAGUACAUUGUUCCUCAAUAAAGAAGUUAUCAGCAAA